GGAGAGGAGAGGGGGAGGGGAGAGGAGAGGAGAGGGGGAGGGGAGAGGAGAGGAGAGGAGAGGAGAGGAGAGGAGAGGAGAGGAGAGGAGAGGAGAGGAGAGAUCAGGUGUCAGAAAGCAGCAGUGACGGCUUGGGGAUUUAGCUCAGUGGUAGAGCGCUUGCCUAGGAAGCGCAAGGCCCUGGGUUCGGUCCCCAGCUCCGGAAAAAAAAGGAACCCCCCCAAAAAAAAAAAGAAAGAAAGAAAGCAGCAGUGUUCAUGCUUGCACACUUCCCACAAGACUGGCAUUUUACCAAGGGCUAGACCAAACGCUGCCCAGCACAAAGGAUGUGCUCAGGAAAUAUCGGUUGAAUGAAUAACAGAUAAUGUGCUUGAAUGAAUGUUUUACUUGUGUAAUAAACAAAUGAGUAGAUGAAAAAGAAACUGACUUUAGGGCAAUUGGGCAAAAUAUUAAGAAUGUGCAAAAGCCAGGUGUGGUGGCACAUGCCUGUAAGACUAGCACUUGGAAACCGAGGCAGAAGGAUUAAAAAAUUCAAAGCUCAAACAGGAGAGACGGGGCUCAGUGGUUAAGAGUACAUAUUGCAUGGGGUUGGGGAUUUAGCUCAGUGGUAGAGCGCUUGCCUAGCAAACGCAAGGCCCUGGGUUCGGUCCCCAGCUCAAAAAAAAAAAAAAAAAAAAAGAAAAGAAAAGAAAAAAAAAGUACAUAUUGCAGCUGGAUGGCAGUGGUAUAUAACUUUAAUGUAAUAUCAGCAUUCAGGAGGCAGAGGUCAGUGAAUUUCUAAGUUCAAGGACGGCCUGAUCUACAGAUCGAGUGAGUACCAGGACAGCCAGAGCUACACAGAGAAACCUAGUCUUAAAAAACCAAAUAAAAGAAAAACAAAAAUCAAACAAAACAAAACAAAAAACAUGAGGACAGGGAGUAUAGCACAAGAGCAGGACAUUCAGCAUUUGCCCGGCAUUCCUAAGGCCUUAGUUUUGAACCCCAGCAUUGAGUUUUUUUAAAACUAGGAAACAGGCGCGAUAGCUCAGUUGGUAAAACCGUUUGUCGCUAAGACUGAUCCCCUGAGUUUGUUCCCGGGAACCUACAGGGUAGAAGGAGGGAGCGGACUCUUAGACGCUGUCUUCUAACACACAUCUGCCCUGGCAUACUUAUCUCCACCCGCCAACACAGAAUAAAUAAAUGUAAAAAAAAAAAAAGUUAAGCAUAAACAAAACAGAAGCAGUGCAGAAUGUCAAUGUUCAUAGCAAAUCAGCUGAGCUGCUGGGGGUGGAAUGAGAGGCGCUACAGCAGUAGGGAGCCUAAGAAAGCUGGAAGGGCUCCAUGCUGAGCCUCAGAGGCAAGCCCAAAGCUCAGAGCAGGAAUGGUGUGCACCCAAGGGCAGCUGUGACGACAGGCUCAUCAAAACCCAGAUCUCUUCUGGGCAUUAAAGUCUGUGGUCUUGUCUCCUGUCAGUCCAAGUCUCAUUCUGAUCUGGCUGGAAGCCAGUUUGGAAUACAAGAAAGUCUUCUUGCUCCUUGCUCCUUGCUGCAUCCCCUUGGGCCGAAGCUGGCUCACUCUGAGCUUCGGGGACUCGACAGAGUGCUCUCUAGUGGUGGGGUCUGGCCAGGUGGCCCAACUUUGGAAAUAAAUCGAUAACACAUGAAGUCAUAGAUGCUAAGUCCCCUGCUCCCACUUAGGAUCUGAGAGCCCUUCACUUUGUAUUUCAUGUUGCAGUUUGCAGAAGAUAUUCUCCUCUGUGGGGAGGGUAUAAGCAAGCCUUUCAGUUCAAAGCAGCCAUUGUGAUAGCCAGACAUGGGACUGCACACUUGCAACCUCAGCUACUCAGAUGUUCAAGACAAAAAAUUCCAAGUUUGAAGACAGCCUAGGCCACUUAGAGAAGCCUGUUUCAAAAUCAGUGAUAGAUCUGGGGAGGUAGCCCAGUCGUAGAGCACUUGCUUCUCUUGUGCAAAGCCCUGGACUCUACUCAUUACAGAAAACCUGCCACCAUCUGACUAGCAGGCCUCCUCCAUCACACUGUGCUGUUGCCUUUCCUGUCUCAUUCUUUAUGUGUCCUGUUUAUGAGCUAUCUUGUCUGUCUCUGCACUGGAGUGGAUGGCUUGUAUGGACAGGAUCAUGUCCUGUUCACCACUCCAGCACCUAGAAGAGCAUUUCACCAAGGUCAGGAUCAAAGAAGCAUUGCAUGGACCCCUGUAAUCCGUAAACCAUGAUACACUGAAUAGCAGACAUUUGUCACACACUGCUACAUCCCUGGGCAAGAAAGGUUGUCUCUCCAUUUUACAGACUAAGAGCGCAAAGCUGGGAGAGAGUAAGCUCUUAUUUCCCCCUAGGCACAGACAGACCUGGGGUGGGCAGAGGUUGUAGAGCUAUCAGACUCCAAAGGUCACUUCCUUAACGGCUCUGCCUGCCCCAAAACUUUGGCAACCCCCAUCCCCUCUGGAGGUUGGAGCUGUUGCAGGGUACUAGGACUUGGGCAUGCUAUGGGAUUACAUGUAUUCACAGU